AUGGACAUGGACGAAGAGGAAAACGCCGAUAUCGCAGCAGCCAUGGGCUUUGCAUCGUUUGGCGGCACCAAGAAACGGAAAUUCGACCACACCAACUCACCAAAAGCCAGGCCUGAUGUGAACGAUGCAAGCGGUGCCAACUCGACCAAGCUGGGUGUCAGGACGAAGAAGGUGGCAAGCGCAGAAGAUAUUGAUGCUGAAGACCUUUCCUCCGGCUUCGUGCACCAAGAAGCGCAAGCUCAGAGUAAUGCGCCGAGUAGAUCGAAGACGAACCAGAUAGCAGAUUCAGGUCUUGCCAGUUUCCUAGCUCGUGGUCAAGAUCUGCCUGAACACGCGCCCACUACCGAGAGUGCUUCCAGGCUGGCAGCUCCUGUCGAUCAGCCUGUUGCGGAGAUGAUAUCGUUCGGCGGUCCAUCGAUUUCUAGAGCCGGGUUGAAUGCGCUGCGCAACGGCGUUAGAACGGAUAAUGGUGAUACAGCCUAUUUUCUACCCAGCUUCGUUGAGGAUCCUUGGGCGAAGCUGAGAAAAGGUGGAAGCGUUACCCAAGCAUAG